CUCAGAACAGUAAGCGGAGGCAUAAGCAGAGAGGAUUCUGGAAAGGUCUCUUUGUUUUCUUGUCCACAGAGAAAGCAAAGAAAAAAAAAUUGUAGUUAAUAUGUAAACCUCUGUGGCCAAAAAUCUGAACAACUGCAGGAGGCUCAUUAUACUCUAACCAUCUUGGAUGCGGGCUUUGUUAUGCUGUGAUCCAUAAGGCUCUGUUUUAUCAGAUCAUGGAGCAAGAAAGCUGAUGUCAAGCCACAUCAGAAUUCAUCAGGGAUGAGAUACCUGUCAAGGAUUUGCGGUAGAGUGGCUUACUGGAAUAAAAACGCAGAAUCUCUUGUAACAAUAGUGUAAGAACAAAUGAGAUAAUUCCCAGAAGCGGCCUGGAGCUUUUCCAGAAAAAGGUGCUGUGACUAUCUAAGGCUAUUCUUAUGCAAGAAGCUAAACGUAAUUAAAUGUGCAGGAUGAAAAGAUGGCACAGGCACUUCUGGCACCCCCAGGACCUGAAAGCUUCCGCCUUUUUACUAGAGAAUCUCUUGCUGCUAUCGAAAACCGUGCUGCAGAAGAGAAAGCCAAGAAACCCAAGAGAGAACAAGACAACGAUGACGAGAACAAACCAAAGCCAAACAGUGACUUGGAAGCUGGAAAGAACCUUCCAUUUAUUUAUGGAGACAUCCCUCCAGGGAUGGUGUCAGAGCCACUGGAGGACCUGGACCCGUACUAUAUCAAUAAGAAAACUUUUAUAGUAUUGAAUAAAGGGAAGGCAAUUUUCCGAUUCAGUGCCACCUCUGCCUUGUAUAUUUUAACUCCACUAAACCCUGUUAGGAAAAUUGCUAUUAAGAUUUUGGUACAUUCUUUAUUCAGCAUGCUUAUCAUGUGCACUAUUUUGACCAACUGUGUAUUUAUGACCCUGAGUAAUCCUCCAGACUGGACAAAGAAUGUAGAGUACACAUUCACUGGAAUCUAUACCUUUGAGUCACUUAUAAAAAUCUUGGCAAGAGGGUUUUGCUUAGAAGAUUUUACAUUCCUUCGUGAUCCAUGGAACUGGCUGGAUUUCAGUGUCAUUGUGAUGGCAUAUGUGACAGAGUUUGUGGACCUGGGCAAUGUCUCAGCGUUGAGAACAUUCAGAGUUCUCCGAGCACUGAAAACAAUUUCAGUCAUUCCAGGUUUAAAGACCAUCGUGGGUGCCCUGAUCCAGUCUGUGAAGAAGCUUUCUGACGUCAUGAUCUUGACUGUGUUCUGUCUGAGCGUGUUUGCUCUAAUUGGUCUGCAGCUGUUCAUGGGCAACCUGCGGAAUAAAUGUUUGCAAUGGCCCCCAAGCGAUUCUGCUUUUGAAACCAACACCACCUCCUUCUUUAAUGGCACAAUGAAUUCAAAUGGGACAUUUGUUAAUGUAACAAUGAGCACAUUUAACUGGAAGGAUUACAUUGAAGACGACAGUCACUUUUAUGUUUUGGAUGGACAAAAAGACCCUUUACUCUGUGGAAAUGGCUCAGAUGCAGGUGUCCCGGAAGGAUACAUCUGUGUGAAGGCUGGUCGAAACCCCAACUAUGGCUACACAAGCUUCGACACUUUUAGCUGGGCUUUCUUGUCUCUAUUUCGACUCAUGACUCAAGACUACUGGGAGAACCUUUACCAGUUGACGUUACGUGCUGCUGGAAAAACAUACAUGAUAUUUUUUGUCCUGGUGAUUUUCUUGGGCUCUUUUUAUUUGGUGAAUUUGGCAGUUGCAGCAGCAGCUGCUGCUUCAAGAGAUUUCAGUGGAAUCGGUGGGUUAGGAGAGCUCUUGGAAAGCUCCUCAGAAGCAUCAAAAUUAAGCUCUAAAAGUGCUAAGGAGUGGAGGAACCGAAGAAAGAAAAGAAGGCAGAGGGAGCAUCUUGAAGGAAACAACAAAGGAGCGGGAAACAGGUUUCCCAAAUCUGAAUCUGAGGACAGUGUCAAAAGAAGAAGCUUCCUUUUCUCCAUGGAUGGAAAUCGACUGACGAGUGACAAGAAAUUCUACUCCCCUCAUCAGUCUCUAUUAAGUAUCCGUGGCUCCCUGUUUUCCCCACGACGCAACAGCAAAACAAGUAUUUUCAGCUUCAGAGGUCGGGCAAAGGACAUUGGUUCUGAAAAUGACUUUGCUGAUGAUGAACACAGUACAUUUGAAGACAGCGAGAGCAGGAGAGACUCACUGUUUGUGCCACACAGACACGGAGAGCGACGCAACAGUAACGUUAGUCAGGCCAGUAUGUCAUCCAGGAUGGUGCCAGGGCUUCCAGCAAAUGGGAAGAUGCACAGCACUGUGGAUUGCAAUGGUGUGGUUUCCUUGGUGGGUGGACCGUCAGCUCUAACCUCACCUACUGGACAACUUCCGCCAGAGGGUACCACCACUGAAACAGAAAUCAGAAAGAGAAGGCUAAGUUCUUACCAGAUUUCAAUGGAGAUGCUAGAGGAUUCCUCCGGAAGACAAAGAGCCAUGAGCAUAGCCAGCAUCCUGACUAACACAAUGGAGGAGCUUGAAGAAUCUAGGCAGAAAUGUCCACCAUGCUGGUAUAGAUUUGCCAAUGUGUUCUUGAUCUGGGACUGCUGUGAUCCGUGGUUAAAAGUAAAGCAUCUUGUGAAUUUAAUUGUUAUGGAUCCAUUUGUUGAUCUUGCCAUCACUAUUUGCAUUGUCUUAAAUACCCUCUUCAUGGCCAUGGAGCACUACCCAAUGACUGGUCAAUUCAGUAGUGUGUUGACUGUAGGAAACCUGGUCUUCACUGGAAUCUUCACAGCAGAAAUGGUCCUCAAGAUCAUUGCCAUGGAUCCAUAUUAUUAUUUCCAAGAGGGCUGGAAUAUCUUUGAUGGAAUUAUUGUCAGCCUUAGUUUAAUGGAGCUUGGCCUGGCAAAUGUGGAGGGACUGUCUGUACUGAGAUCGUUCAGACUGCUUCGAGUUUUCAAGCUGGCAAAAUCCUGGCCCACCCUGAAUAUGCUAAUUAAGAUCAUUGGCAAUUCAGUGGGGGCUCUAGGUAACCUCACCUUGGUGUUGGCCAUCAUCGUCUUCAUUUUUGCCGUGGUCGGCAUGCAGCUCUUUGGUAAGAGCUACAAAGAAUGUGUCUGCAAGAUCUCUAGUGACUGUCAGCUCCCACGCUGGCACAUGAAUGACUUCUUCCACUCCUUCCUGAUUGUGUUCCGAGUGCUGUGUGGAGAGUGGAUAGAGACCAUGUGGGACUGCAUGGAGGUCGCCGGUCAAGCCAUGUGCCUUAUUGUUUUCAUGUUGGUCAUGGUCAUUGGAAACCUUGUGGUUCUGAACCUCUUUCUGGCCUUAUUGUUGAGUUCAUUUAGCUCAGACAAUCUUGCUGCCACUGAUGAUGAUAAUGAAAUGAACAAUCUCCAGAUUGCAGUAGGAAGGAUGCAAAAGGGAAUUGAUUAUGUGAAAAAUAAGAUACAGGAGUGUUUCCAAAAAACCUUUUGCAGAAAGCCAAAAGUUAUAGAAAUCCAUGAAGGCAACAAAAUAGAAAGAUGUGUGUCCAACAAUACUGGAAUUGAAAUAAGCAAAGAGCUUAAUUAUCUUAAGGAUGGGAAUGGAACCACCAGUGGUGUAGGUACUGGAAGCAGUGUUGAAAAAUAUGUAAUUGAUGAAAAUGAUUAUAUGUCAUUCAUAAAUAAUCCCAGCCUCACUGUAACAGUGCCAAUUGCUGUUGGAGAGUCUGACUUUGAAAACUUAAAUACUGAAGAGUUCAGCAGUGAGUCAGAACUAGAAGAAAGCAAAGAGAAAUUAAAUGCAACCAGCUCAUCUGAAGGAAGUACAGUUGAUGUUGCUCCACCCCGAGAAGGUGAACAAGCUGAAAUGGAACCCGAGGAAGACCUUAAGCCAGAAGCUUGUUUUACUGAAGGAUGUAUUAAAAAGUUUCCAUUCUGUCAAGUAAGUAUAGAAGAAGGCAAAGGAAAAGUCUGGUGGAAUCUUCGGAAAACCUGCUAUAGCAUUGUUGAACACAACUGGUUUGAGACUUUCAUUGUCUUCAUGAUCCUUCUCAGUAGUGGUGCUUUGGCUUUUGAAGAUAUAUACAUUGAACAACGAAAAACUAUCAAAACCAUGCUAGAAUAUGCUGACAAGGUCUUCACUUAUAUAUUCAUCCUGGAAAUGCUUCUCAAAUGGGUAGCUUAUGGAUUUCAAACCUAUUUCACUAAUGCCUGGUGCUGGCUAGAUUUCUUGAUUGUCGAUGUUUCUUUGGUUAGCUUGGUAGCCAAUGCUCUCGGUUACUCAGAACUUGGUGCCAUCAAAUCCCUACGGACAUUAAGAGCUUUAAGACCGCUGAGGGCUUUAUCCCGGUUUGAAGGCAUGAGGGUGGUUGUGAAUGCUCUUGUUGGAGCAAUUCCCUCUAUCAUGAACGUGCUGUUGGUUUGUCUCAUCUUCUGGCUGAUCUUUAGCAUCAUGGGUGUGAAUUUGUUUGCUGGCAAGUUCUACCACUGUGUAAACACGACAACUGGUAACAUGUUUGAAGUUAGUGAAGUUAACAAUUUGAGUGAUUGUCAGGCUCUUGGCAAGAAAGCUCGGUGGAAAAACGUGAAAGUAAACUUUGAUAAUGUUGGCGCUGGCUAUCUCGCAUUGCUUCAAGUGGCCACAUUUAAAGGCUGGAUGGAUAUUAUGUAUGCAGCUGUUGAUUCACGAGAUGUUAAACUUCAGCCUGUAUAUGAAGAAAAUCUGUAUAUGUACUUAUACUUUGUCAUCUUUAUCAUCUUUGGGUCAUUCUUCACUCUGAAUCUAUUCAUUGGUGUCAUCAUAGAUAACUUCAACCAACAGAAAAAGAAGUUUGGAGGUCAAGACAUAUUUAUGACAGAGGAACAAAAAAAAUAUUACAAUGCAAUGAAGAAACUUGGGUCCAAGAAACCUCAGAAACCCAUACCUCGGCCUGCAAACAAAUUCCAAGGAAUGGUCUUUGAUUUUGUAACCAGACAAGUUUUUGAUAUCAGCAUCAUGAUCCUUAUCUGCCUCAAUAUGGUCACCAUGAUGGUAGAAACUGAUGACCAGAGCAAAUAUAUGACUCUAGUCUUGUCCCGGAUCAACCUUGUGUUCAUUAUCCUGUUCACUGGAGAAUUUGUGCUGAAACUUGUCUCCCUCAGAUACUACUACUUCACCAUAGGCUGGAACAUCUUUGAUUUUGUGGUGGUGAUUCUCUCCAUUGUAGGUAUGUUUCUCGCUGAGCUGAUAGAGAAAUAUUUUGUGUCCCCUACCCUGUUCCGAGUGAUCCGUCUCGCCAGGAUUGGCCGAAUCCUGCGUCUGAUCAAAGGGGCCAAGGGGAUCCGCACGCUGCUCUUUGCUUUGAUGAUGUCCCUUCCUGCGUUGUUUAACAUCGGCCUCCUGCUCUUCCUGGUCAUGUUCAUCUACGCCAUCUUUGGAAUGUCCAACUUCGCCUAUGUUAAAAAGGAAGCUGGAAUUAAUGACAUGUUCAAUUUUGAAACUUUUGGCAACAGCAUGAUCUGCCUGUUCCAGAUUACCACCUCUGCUGGCUGGGAUGGAUUGCUAGCACCUAUUCUCAACAGUGCACCACCUGACUGUGACCCUGACACAAUUCACCCUGGCAGCUCUGUUAAGGGAGAUUGUGGGAACCCAUCCGUGGGGAUCUUCUUUUUUGUCAGUUACAUCAUCAUAUCAUUUCUGGUCGUAGUGAACAUGUACAUUGCUGUCAUCCUGGAGAACUUCAGUGUUGCUACUGAAGAAAGUGCAGAGCCCCUGAGUGAGGAUGACUUUGAGAUGUUCUAUGAGGUCUGGGAGAAGUUUGAUCCCGAUGCCACCCAGUUCAUAGAGUUCUCCAAGCUCUCUGAUUUUGCGGCCGCCCUGGAUCCUCCUCUUCUCAUAGCAAAACCAAACAAAGUCCAGCUCAUUGCUAUGGAUCUGCCCAUGGUCAGUGGGGACAGGAUCCACUGCCUCGACAUUUUAUUUGCCUUUACAAAGCGUGUUUUGGGUGAAAGUGGAGAGAUGGAUGCCCUUCGAAUACAAAUGGAAGAUCGGUUCAUGGCAUCGAACCCCUCCAAAGUCUCCUAUGAGCCCAUUACAACCACUUUGAAACGCAAACAAGAGGAGGUAUCUGCUGCUAUCAUUCAGCGUAAUUUCAGAUGUUAUCUUUUAAGGCAAAGGUUAAAGACGGUAUUAAGUGAGUAUAACAAAGAGGCAAUCAAAGGGAGGAUUGAUUUACCUAUAAAAGACAACAUGAUUAUUGACAAAUUAAAUGGGAACUCCACCCCAGAAAAAACAGAUGGAAGUUCCUCUACCACCUCUCCUCCUUCCUAUGAUAGUGUAACAAAGCCAGACAAUGAAAAGUUUGAGAAAGACAAACCAGAAAAAGAAAGCAAAGGGAAAGAGGUGAGGGAAAAUCAAAAGUAAAAAGAGACAAAGAAUUAUCUUUGUGAUCAAUUGUUUACAGCCUAAGAAGGUAAAGUUUAUGUGUCAACUGGACUCCCAGAGGAGGUCUAUGCCAAACUGACUGUUUUAACAAAUACUCAUGGUCAGUGCCUAUAACAAGACAGUGACCUCUCCAUCACUACAACUCUGUGAGUCAGGGUAUCAACACUGACAAGAGGUUGCUGUUUUCAUUACCAGCUGACACUGCUGAGGAGAAAUUCAAUGGCUACCUAGACUGUAGGGAUAGUUGUGCAAAGUGAUCAUUGUAACUACACCAAACACUUUUAGUACAGUACUUGCAUCCACUCUAUUUUUAACCUCCAUAUCUGCCAUAUUUUUACAAAAUUUGUUCUAGUGGAUUUCCCUGGUCACUAAUUCAUAGUUUAUUCAUAAUACUACGUCACUAUUUUUGUAAAUGAAAUUUAAGUUGAGAAAAAAGUAUAUAAGAUCCCUGUGUUCCUACUCCACAAGUUUCUCGAAUAAUCAGACAAAAGGGUUUUGUCCAAGAGAUGAAAUUCUUGCUCAAAACCAGAAAAAAAAAAUUCUAAUAACAAUUUCAGGUACUUCCAUUUUCUAGACGGCUUUAAUUUUGAAAGUGUUUUAGUCUGUUUGUUUAUAUCUAAACAGUUAUGUGCCUGUAAAGUCUCCUCUAAUUUUUAAAGGAUUAUUUUUAUGCAAAGUAUUCUGUUUCAGCAAGUGCAAAUUUUAUUCUAAGUUCCAGAGCACUAUAUUUAAUUUUGGUUAAAUGUUUUCCAAAAAAAGUAAUCUAAUAAAUCUGUUCUAGAAAAGUAUAUCUAAAGUAUCGCUUUAGAAUAGUUGUUCCAUCUUCUGAUGCAGUGUUGCUUUGCCAUCUUCUGCUCUCAGCAAAGCUGACAUUUUAUGUCAAUUAAAUACACCCUCUGUUAUGUAAAUAGUUAUUUUAUCCUGUGGGGCAUGUUUGGGAAUAUAUAUAUAUAUAU